UCAUUGACGAGCAGCUGGGAUUUAUUAUCUGCUGCAGUGCUGUCAGGCAGCACUUCACUUCCCGCUAGGAAACAGAGAUUGUACCUUUCUCUUCUAAACACGUCUGCUUUUGCGAGAACAGCGACCUUGCUGCACACAUCUCAGUCCAGACUGCUCCAUCUGCAGCCUGAAGAUCUAGUGGGUCAGGAUCACCUGGCGUCAUCCACAGCUUCGACCUGCACAAGCGAGAGGCUAACAAUGUGCGCAAGCUGCCAUAAGGAAUCAACGCAGUCUGGUCCAUCCACGAGCUCAAGAGACUCCCACUGCCCAGUGUGCCUGCAGACGGCCACAUUCCCAGUCCAGACCAACUGCGGCCAUAUAUUCUGUGCCAACUGUCUGCUCACCUACUGGAGACAUGGCUCCUGGUUGGACGCAGUCAGCUGUCCUCUCUGCAGACAGAAGGUCAGCGUGCUGUGCAACCUGUUUAAGGAGAGCCGAUCAGAUCAACAGUCCAAGAAAGUUCUCGGGGAAAUCACGGACUACAACAAACGCUAUUCUGGAGCCCCGCGAAGGGUGACGGACUACCUCUGCGAUGCGCCUCUUCUUCUGCAGCUUCUGGCUCGUAACUGCCUUGGCACCAUGGGAGGUCUCGUCUGGCUCUUCCUCUUCAGGGUGGCCCUGUGCUGCGUGGGGACUGUGGUGUCCAUCUCCUCCUCCUCUGUCGACUCUGCGCCGUCGUCGACCCCCCUGGAAACGGACCCCUCUCUCUGCGGACUGCUGGGGGUCCUGGACGACCUGGUGGUGGUCAUUCUGCUGCUCCUUUGCGUCAUUAACGUCAACCAGCAAAUUGCACCAGACGGGGGACGACACUCUCCGAACAGGACGACCCCACAGGGAGUCAUGGGGAGUUCGUUGUAGUUUUAUGCUGCUCGACCGUAAGACGUUUGAAAUGGACUUUUAUUGGAUUUCUGCUCUCUGCCUCGUUGGAUGAGCAGAUGAGAGAAUAUUGACAAGAGUUGGACGCCAUUGAUCCCCUCAGACUGUGGACUCCAGGCCUGUUUGUCGAGUGUUUACAGAGCUUAUGUAAAUGCAGUGUGGUGGUUCGGCUGUCGUUCCUGAGCUGACAAGCGUCAAUUAGUUGCUGCAAUAUUGGUAAAGACUUUUUAAAUCUCAUCCUUUAAAGUUUAACCUGUAAAUGUAGCAGGUUGCAGACAGCCGUCAUGCCCGUACUGUGAUGUUUUCCCUGUAUAUAUGUGACAUUGUAUGAAACUGUUCUUAUGGUUAAAAUAAAGAUUAUUUAUUGUACUGUAA